GAGUGAGACCUCCUGCUGCCGGUGCUCUGACAGCUGCUGUCACGGAAGACAUUUUGAGCUGCUCGGUGCUCUCGGUUAUUUUGGGGCUGACACGGAGCAGAGUGGAACCUGAACCCGGAGCAGAGUGGAACCUGAACCCGGAGCGAGCUGCGGAGGAACAGGCGACGAUCAGGGAAACAGCGUAUGUGUAGCUUAGCUUGUUAGCUUAGCGCCACCAGAGCUAGCACGAUCCUAGAUGCUAGUUAGCUAGCGUCAGCUCCCGGCCUGCCCUGCUCCUCUCAGCUGAUCCCUCCAGACACGAUGGCGUUAAAACGAAUCUCCAAGGAGCUCACUGAUCUGUCCAGAGAUCCUCCGGCUCAGUGCUCGGCCGGACCCGUCGGUGAAGACAUGUUUCAUUGGCAAGCUACUAUAAUGGGGCCUACUGACAGUCCGUACCAGGGGGGAGUAUUUUUCCUCACUAUUCAUUUCCCUACAGAUUAUCCCUUCAAACCACCCAAGGUCGCCUUCACAACCAGAAUCUAUCACCCAAACAUUAACAGUAACGGCAGCAUCUGCUUGGAUAUAUUGAGAUCACAGUGGUCUCCAGCAUUAACAAUCUCUAAAGUCCUUUUGUCCAUUUGUUCUCUGUUAUGUGACCCGAACCCUGACGACCCGCUAGUGCCAGAGAUCGCCCGCAUCUACAAAACAGACCCUGUUAGGUAUAACAGACUAGCCAGGGAGUGGACAGAGAAGUACGCCAUGCUGUGAGGGUACAACAAGACAGCUCAGGACUGGACGAAUAAAUACGCCAUGUGAUCCUCCUGUCACUCACUGCUGGAAUAAACUGUUGGAUUUUCUCACGUGGCCACGCCCCCUCCAUCAGACAGCCACAGCCAUUUUGUUUGUGUUAUUUUUUCCCCGUCCUCGAGCUUAAUGGUUAAAAUCCUCGGUUUGACGUUUGUCCGCUUGGUGAAGGGCCGAGGACUCUGAGCUGUGAAUGUGCCAAUCAAAGAGUGGACUCACUGUAAACCACUGAAGACCAACUGUUACAUCGUAGAGCCGCAGGAGAAUAAUAAUAUAAUAAUAAUAACUUAAUGCAUGUCAGUGAUUGGUUCAUGUGCUGCUGAGAACAGUCCACUUUAAAACAAAAAAAAAGAUUUGACAGAUUUGAGUUUGUUCUGUUAUUUGGUUUUAGUGACGAGCCGUUAGCUCCGCCUCCUCCUCACUGUUCCUCUUUUUGCACUGAAGAUGAAUCUCAAAACUCGACGGCUGAUUGGUCAACGAAUCGCUCUGUGAUGAGUUUUUUUUCUCAAUAAAGUUGAAGUUGUUUAUGUUG